AUGAGAGCCGAGGAUUCACUUUAUUCGCGCGUCGAUCGUGACAAUGUCCGUUGUUUGAAUGAAAGGGUAUCCGGUUCGGGGAAAAACGUUAUUAAACCUUGGCACGAAAGAAAUGACACAACUAAGUAUGUGGAAAGUGACGCCGACGAACAAUUGAUCUUACUUAUCCCUUUCACAGGGAGUGUUAAAUUGAAAUCAAUUUCGAUCAAAGCCGGUCCGGAGAACAGUUGUCCAUCGAAAUUAAAGGCUUACAUCAAUCGAGACGACGUUGACUUUGAUACAGUCGAAUCAUUCACAGCGACUCAAGAGUGGGAAUUGGUAUCAACCAAUGAAAUCGUUGAAUACCCAACGAGGAUGACUAAAAUGUACAACGUAAGAAAUUUAAUCCUCUAUUUUCCCGAAAACUUUGGAGACGAAAUUACAAGGAUCUCGUACAUUGGACUUAAGGGGGAAUGGACAGAGAUCAAGAAAGAUCAAAUUAUAACCAUAUAUGAAGCGGCGCCUAAUCCCGCAGACCAUAAAACUGGCGAAGAAGAGAGAGUAUACCACCCCAUUAAUUAA